AGGAAUGAUUUCUUACAAUUGCUGCUGGACAUUUCUAAGGAAGUAUCGAAAGAAGAAACAAUGGAUGUGUCAGAAAAGGAAAAAGAAGAUAUUGCAGAAAAUUACGGGGAAGUUGAUCAACAUCAUGUUUUCAAAGAAAUUUAUUCAAAUAAAAGUUUGUCUCAUGAUGAACUAGUUGCACAAUGUGUCAUUUUCUUUUUGGCCGGUUAUGAGACCACAGCGUCCACACUUUCUUUCAUCACAUAUGCUCUAGCUCUGAAUCAAGACGUGCAAGACAAAUUGAGGGAAGAAGUGGAUGAGGCAAUCAAAGCAAAUAAUGGCGAACUUACAUAUGACGCUAUACAGAGUAUGAAGUACCUGGACAAUGUUAUAUCUGAAACUUUGAGGCUAUAUUCUCCAGCUAUAAGGACGGAAAGAUAUGCAGAAGCUGAUUACAAGUUAGGUGACACAGGGAUAACUAUUCCAAAAGGUAUGGUAAUAACAAUCCCAAUCUAUGCUAUCCACAGAGAUCCCAAAUAUUAUCCUGAUCCUGAAAAAUUCAAUCCAGAUCGAUUCAGUCCAGAAGAAAGAGCUAAACGCGAUCAGUACACUUACCUACCUUUCGGUCAUGGGCCUAGGAAUUGCAUGGGCAUGAGAUUUGCUCUCAUGGAGAUUAAGAUCUGUCUCGCUGAAGUCGUGAGGAAUUUCAAAAUCAAAAGAUGUCCACAGACAAAGGUUCCUUUAGAAUUUUUAAUUGGUAACGGACAAGGUCUCUUACAGCCUAAAGAAAUCGUGGUCCAAUUCGAGAUUCGGAAAGAUAAAAUCUGAGUCAGGAAAUUUAACAUAAAAGAACUGAAAACAUCAACAAGGAAAAAUACUAGUUCCACAUCGUUAUAAAACCCCAUAUCAAUGAAGAUUCCACUUUUGGUGUGAUUUUUAAAAAAUGGCCCGCCUAUGAAAUAAAAAUUUGCAGUGGAGAUGAUUUUCUAUGCUUUAGAAUCUUGAAAUCUUAUUGCCAAGUUAAAGAAGUGAUAGAUUUAAAUCCACUUUAAAAAUAUGGAUUUGCCCAGUGCUUAAUGUAAAGCAUUACAAUUUUUUUGUUUUGAAAUUGCGUGCUCGAAUGACUGUACAUUAAAACAAAUGUUUCACUGUACAUUAAAACAAAUGUUUUGCAUUUA